AAAUCGGCGCACAGUCCAUCUUCGCCAUACCGAUAUGAAAUAAAGAAUUUUAACAUCGGAAUUUCUUUAUUUAUAGAUCCAUACCCCGGAACAUUUUGGGGGCUUGUCCGGGAUCUAAAUCUAAUACAACAACAACAACAACAACAACAACAUCAAGAUGGAUCCGACCAGUACCAGGAAGAAAAUAGUCGAUAUCAGAAAAAUCAUAUAUAACCUGGAGGCGGAUCGAUUGACAGCACUGAUCAAACUUGUGACGUCAAAACCGACUGUUCACUCAGUUACGACAUAUGAACAAGUUGAAUAUUUAGAAGAGCAACUGGCAAACAUCAUCAUAGAAAAGAAUGAAGAAAAGAAAAUUAAUCUUUGAGAAGAACUAGAGCAGCAUGUUAAAGAAGUGUGUGCGACAACGCCUCCAACAGUGCCACCCGUUUCUGUCAGUAUUACAGGGCAUGGUGGGACGGUCCCAUCAAAGCCACCAACGCCACCACCUGUGGUACCUAGCGUUCCGACCAUUUUCAAAAAGGACUUUAAGGUGCAUGGUACCAUCGCAGAUGCAGGGGGUUAGAGUUUCGCCAGUUUGAGGAGACAAAUAGCAAACGGACUUGCAAAAGGACACACCGAUAGAGAAGUUGUGGAGGGUGUGAUCAGGGCAUUCCAAGCCGGGUCGAAAUUAAGGCAUUAUGUUGAAGGUAGAGAUGCAUUGACCAAGGAUGUACUUAAGGAGAUACUGCAAUCAUAUUUUAAGGGUCAAACCCAUACAGAACUUUACAAGAAACUUUGUAACUUGUCACAAGGAAGCCACGAAUCAGAAACAGAGUUUUUGAUGAGGUCGCUAUAUUUGAAACAAAAACUGAUCACGGCGUCUACAGAAGAGGACCACAUUCCAUACGAUGUAACACUCGUCGAAAGGAUGUUUAUUCACGCUUUACAGACAGGUAAGGGACGACAAUAUAAGGCACCGACUACGAACUGUGCUAGUUCCAGGGGUUAAGACGUCGAAGUUAUGAAAGCUCUAAAUGAAAUCAACCUGGUUGAAACUGAGCAUAAGCAGAAAGUCAAGACAAAAACUGUUUCGAGUGCUAAAGUUGACGAUAAUAUGAAAUCCAUCGAGGAUAUGGUCAAGAAACUCCAAGAACAAGUUAACACGUUGCAAAAGACUGGACGUGGAAAAGAAAAGAAGAGAGGAUUUUGUCAAGAUUGUGUCACUAACAAUAGAUAGAGAUGUGACCACUGUUUCAAAUGCGGAUCAGCAGGCCACAUGGCCCGGGGGUGUUUUCAUGGAAAGGAAUCUUUAAACGGGAAAGGGUCACUGGCGCAGGGAGGCCAGUGGCCACAAGGACAGAAACUACUCCCCUAGAUAUUAAUCUCAUAAAUACUCGAAUAACAGAAUUAGAAAAUGGCAAACAUAGUGAUACUAGUAACCUUCUAAACACCAAGGGCAAUAUAUUUCCGUUAAUAUCUUCAGUGAAGAACAAAAUUGUAAAUCUAGUGGGAGAGAAAUGUGUAGUUAAUUGUUCAUUAAAUGAAACCAACAUUCACUGUCUAUGGGACACUGGUGCCCAGGUGUCAAUCAUACCAUCUAAACUGUGUAAAGAUCUAGGUGUUCAGAUUCAGCCUAUAACUCACAUAACUGGUUUAAACAUUGAAUCUGCAAGUGUUGACGUUAUUCCCUAUGAUGGUUUUGUGAACAUACAAUUUAAAAUUGGAAAACAGUCGGAGUCUCUUGACGUGCCAUUUUUGGUAUCCAGUAUUGACUCAGUCAAUAAACCAAUAAUUGGUUUCAAUGUCAUAACUAUCUACCAAGACUUGGUUGGUGAAGAUAUAAUGGGUCAACGACUGGUUGAUGCAAUUGAUUGCUUGUCAAGAGAUGCCGCAGUUUCCCUGUGUAAAUUGAUAAGAGAUGAGUCCGAUUAUGGACAAGUAAAGAUAGGUAAAAAUAGUGUAACAAUACCAGCUGGUACCACUAAAUGGGUAAAGUGUUUUAUGCAUUGUAAGACUGUAUUUGAGACAAACACGGCAUACUUUGAACUAGCAAUUGAGUCGUUGCCGAAGGGGUUAAUUGCACAUGAAGUUAUUGUAACUGUACCUAAGGGUUCCACUUGUUCGGUUGAGGUUCCUAUCGAAAAUAAUUCUUAUCAUGACAUCGUACUUCCUAAAAGACAGGUGUUAGGUUCCAUUACUACUAUUAAGUCAUAUAUUACCCUGACUGAUAAGCGUAAUCAGAUACAGCCCAAGCCGACAGUCAACAGUGUGCAGUGUGAAGUGGGUUUUUCUGAAGAGAUAAGUGAUGACGCUUUUCAGUUAGAUAUGGUGAACACUGAGGGGUUGACAUCGGACCAGGUAAGACAAAUACAGGAGAUGCUCCUCGCAGAACAGGACGCUUUCUCAAAAGGAGACAAUGAUGUGGGAUUUGCACCCGACCUUGAAAUGGAGAUCAAGCUCUGAGAUAGUGAACCCGUACGGAACACCUAUACGUCCGUGCCAACACCGUUACAAAAAAAGGUAAAAAAUUAUAUUUUAGACUUAGUGAAUAAGGGUUGGAUAAAAAAGUCAAAGUCUCCUUAUUCAAUUCCAAUAGUCUGUGUAAGUAAAAAGGACGGAUCCUUACGACUGUGCAUUGACUAUCGCCAAUUAAAUAACAAGACUAUUCAAGGUCAGAUUCCGAUCCCUCGGAUACAAUAUAAAGAAGUGAAACUCCAGCUGCUGGAGCAGUAUUGAAUUUUCAUUAAAAACAAUUAGUUGGUCCUUUAUUUAAGGCAAGUGACCGAUUGCCCAAACAGUACAAAACUGCACAAUACAGCACAAUACAAACCAACAUAAACACAAAAUAUGAAUAAAGCUGGGGUCACCGCCUUGGAACGGUCAAUGCAAAGCAUUGGGGGUUUAAACCUGGUUAUAGAGCGCUCAACCUCACACUUGGCCCAGCAAUAUUCAUAAUACAUUUAAGUGAAAAUAAAAUUUAACGUCAUAGCAUUGUAACUCAAAUUAAAAAAUAAUAAAAGGGAAUUAAAACGCAUUCAAUUUAAUUACUAUUUAAUUACUCAAUUGCAUUGAAGAUACAAGAGUAACAGAAUUACAACUUUUUGACGAACGAUCAAAUAAAACUAUUAACAAUUGUCAACUACAUUCCUUCUUUAUAGAAAAGAUUUGAGAAUAUAGAAUCAUAGAGUUAAUAUCUCAGAUAAUCAUCGCGCAAAUACAGGAAGAAGCAGCAAUAAUGGGUCACUUGAUGGUCUAGGAGGUAUUUCAUGGUUCACAGUCUUGGAUCAGGGUAAAGCUUACCAUCAGGGUUUUGUUAAGGAAGAGUGUCGUCCUAUUACCGCAUUUACCACUCCAUGGGGUUUUUAUGAGUGGAUAAGAAAGUUGUCUUGAAGGUCUGAGAGACGGAAUUUGCAUACCGUAUCUCGAUGACAUCUUGAUCUUCUCCAAAACGUUUGAGCAACAUCUGAUCGAUGUGAAAACUGUACUGCAGAGGCUCAAGGCUAAAGGUAUAAAGCUAAAACUCAAGAAAUGUGAACUGUUCAAAAAACAGGUAAGAUAUCUUGGGCAUUUGGUCUCUGAGAAAGGGUAUUGCAUGGACCCAGCUGACGUUUCGGCCGUCUUAGCAUUAAAAUCAAGAACUAUUUAAACGGUAGGUGACGUCCGUCAGGUGCUGGGAUUUCUGGGAUAUUACAGGCGGUAUGUCAAAGAUUUCUCAAGAAGGGCGAAACCACUGUAUGACCUUUUGAACGCAGGUAAGGUACCAGCGAAACAUGGUCAGGUGUCUUCUAAACAAAAGGUUGACUGAGCAUCGGUUCAUCAAAUGAUAAUGGAGGGAAUCAUUGACGUUUUAUGCACAAGACCGACUAUUGCCUAUCCGUACUUUAACAAAGAAUUCGAACUUCACGUGGAUGCGUCUCAGAUUGGACUUCGUAGCGUUUUGUAUUAGGCACAGAACGAUGGUAAGAUGGCAGUAGUCGCAUAUGGAAGUACACUUCAACACCGUUAUUUCGAAGUCGUCGGGACCGUUAAAAAAACUUCGGAUUAACGAUUAUUCGAAAUAAACAUUUGACAGACGACUUCUUUGAUCCUGAAAAAAUACAACAUUGUGGAAUUCGCAUGGUUCGGUCACACUGUACUUUUAAUAAUUGUUUUACUUAAAAACGUAAACUAGUCAGAUAGCAAUAUAUUUCUACUUGUAACAAACGGAGGAAUAAAACGAUUCUUUUUCUUCUUUUUAUCUUUCUCUAAUUACAGAACAUAUAAAAUAUAAUGCAUUGCGCAUCAUACAUGUAAAUACAUAUGCAUACAUUUUCGGAAAUGAAUUCACUUUUUUUUAAAUAAGACGCGAUGUCUUUCUGAACACCGGCGUUAGCAGCACUAAACUGGACGCGUGUAACAUAUUUCUCCAAUUUGUCAAGGAAAUUGAAGAACUGGCUUCCGCCCGUGUUUUGCUCGCAGAACUGCCUUACGUCGUUGAUGCAUGUGGUCACACGUUGAUUAGAUAUCAUGUUCAUGCAUGUGUUGUCGGCCUCGUCGUCGGCUUUUGACGACAUUAUAAAAUUAACAUGCUACGCGCAGGCGACAAAGGUGUAAUUAUCGGCUUUGACGCACAACGCGCAGACGACAGGUGUGAAAUUACGCUGUAGAACGUUAACGCCGGCAGAAUCAAAUUACCAUCUACAUUCAGGAAAAUUAGAGUUCCUUGCUCUUAAAUGGGCGGUAACAAAGCGGUUCAGAGAUUACUUGUACUACUGUCCAGGGUUCACGGUUUACAGUGACAAUAACCCGUUGACAUACAUCCAAACGACUGCAAAGCUUGAUGCAACAAGACAUCGAUGGUUGGCUGAACUGGCCGACUUCAAAUUUCGAAUACGAUAUAAACCUGGCAAGUUAAAUAAUGAUGCUGAUGGCCUGUCACGUAUGCCAACUGACUUUGAUGAGUAUCACACAUGUUGCACUAAAGAAACCACAAUGGAUGAAACCAAUACAUGGGUGAGGGUAAGUUUAAAUCGUAGCAGUAUGGGAAGUGUAAGGGAGAUGCUGCUUACUGAUGAAGCUGAUGCAGAUGAAGGUAAGAAUAUCACACCAACUCUUAAAGGAUUUUCCAUAGACGAAAUUCGAAAGGCACAGCAGAUAGACAGUGCUAUUGUGAGAAUGUUGUCAGAGAAUCAGAUCCUUAACGGUAAUGACCACGGUUUGUCAGACAAUUGCAAACUGAGAGAGGUAAGUUGUUCAUGGAUAGAUCUGAACUUCUGCGUAGAAGAACUAAUAGUUCCAAACAACUAGUCCUUCCGAAACAAUACCAUCGGCGUGUCUUUUAUGAACUACAUGAAGAAAUGGGUAAUUUUGGAAAAGAACGGGUAGUGGACCUUGUAAAAGCUCGAUUCUAUUGGCCAAAAAUGGAAGAAGACAUACACCACUUCAUUACCGAGGUUUGAGGUUGUUUAAAGGACAAGAGAGCCAAUCUUCCUCGUAAGGCACUAUUGCAGCCGAUAGGGACAUCUUACCCAUUUGAAUAAGUGUCAAUUGACUAUCUCCAUCUAGAGAGAAGCAAGGGUGGUUAUGAGUAUAUACUCGUCAUUAUGGACCAUUUCACCCGUUUCGCACAGGCAUACCCAACGAGGAACAAGUCAGGUAGAACUGCUGCAGAAAAAAUGUUCAACGACUUCUUCAUGCGCUUUGGAUUUCCGCAGAGGUUACACCAUGAUCAAGGUCGGGAGUUUGAGAACCAUCUGUUUUUAAGUCUAGAGAAGUUUUGUGGUAUCACCCAUUCUCGAACCACACCGUACCAUCCACAAGGGAAUGUACAGGUAAAAAGGUUUAAUCGAACACUUCUGGGAAUGCUGAGAACACUAGACAAGGAAAAAAGAACAGAUUUGAAGAGCCAUUUGAAUAAGGUAGCGCAUGCAUACAACUGUACUAAACAUGAUUCUACUGGGUAUGCGCCAUUUUCCCUUUUAUUCGGUCGUUCGCCAAGAUUACCAAUCGACCUAGUGUUUGGUCAAGAUGAAACGACUGACCAAGAAACGCAUAGAGGUUACGUCUUGAAGUGGAAGGCAGGUCUUCAAGAGGCGUUUGGGAUAGCUAGAGAGAAGGUAAGUAAAGCAGAAGAAGAUGCGAAAAAGAAGCACGAUCGGGCAAGAGUAAGCCAAUCUCUUCAACCUGAUGACAGGGUUCUGGUGCGGAAUUUCGGAGAAAGAGGAGGUCCCGGUAAGUUUAGAUCAUAUUGGGAGGAUAGUGUUUACUUAAUUGUGAAACGAAUGGCCGAGGAUUCUCCUGUAUAUGAAAUUAAACCGGAAAUAGGUAAUGGAAAGAGUAAGGUAAUGCAUAGAGACGCAAUGUUGCCUUGUGACUUUUGAGGGUAAAAGGUUAAAUGUUAAACCAUCAAGAGAAAACGCUAAGGAGCAAGCCAUGCCGAUGUAUAAAGGACAGGAAGUUAUACAAGCGGAUAAGGCUAGUAGAACAUCUUCAAGUGCAACUGGGUACGAAUCGUUGAUGGAGUUGGAACUGAGGGAAUAUUCUUUGAACCCAGAAGCGAAAGAGUUUGUUCCAAGCGAAAACCAUUCAAUUGAUGAGCACAGAAGUGUCGCCGUAGAAGUGAGCGAUGUUGAUGAAAAAGCUGAAGAACUCGUUUCAAGUGGAGAUCAUUCGAUUGAUGAUCAUAGUAGUGUCGCUGUAGAGGUCAGUGAUGUUGAUGAGAUUCAGAGUACCGAUGAAGAAGAUGGUGAGCUCCAUGAUACUGGUUCAGAUAGUGAAACUGAUGAGAAUGAGCCUCGGCGAAUAGCAAGGCAGAGAAAGCCCAAUAUGAGACUCACGUACGAUGAACUUGGUAAGCCAGGGUACCAUCAAGUUAUGAAUGUAUCCUGUGGGUUGUACCCAAUCGAUAAUUGGUGGUAGGUGAAUAUGGGUAAUGCAUAUGUGGAAAUCAUCCGGAGAUCUCUCGCAUAUAAUGCUACUAUAGUCCACCUUAUGUCGAGGUAAGUGUUCCUAUUCUUUUAGUCAGACUCCAUUAGUGAAUACCUCUAAUGUACGGACACAAGAUGACUUACGCCUGAUGAGAGGGGGCCUUGAGCAGGAUGACUUACGCCUGAGGGUUGGAUUCAGAGGUUGAAGCGAGGAAGUAGUCGAUAUGUUUGAAAUUGACAAAUGUAGGGCUUGAUCACCCCUCACCUAUUUUAUUGUAAUAUUUACGCAGUGUGACUAUAUUGUCGUUUUGGUGACGAACCCGACUUUUAGGGUAGAGUAUUGCUGUUCGGGUAUGCGGCUCAGCAGAGUAGAGUAUCGUUGUUAGGAUUAGAGGUAAGGCUAAAGCGAUCGCCUUAGUGUGGUGUCUCUGGUUGGAAUUUGGAACUUUGUCAAGGGAAAAAUGAUGUUAUUUUGAAAUUGUCGAACGUUGUAUAUUUAAUAUGCCAAGUUCAUGUGUUUAAUUGUCUUGAUAUUAUAGUAGGAAAAACAUAAUGUAGUAUUAGAGGUAGUUUUAGUAGUAGUUAUGUAUGCCGUUUUAAUGUCAGUUUGCCUCUCAGUAAGUAUUAUUGCAAAUGUCGGGACGACAUUUGUUUUACGGGGGGGUGUGGCGGUGUAGAUGAUCUUCAAACAUCAUUUUGCGUGCAAACUACAACUAGUCAGUAUUAAGGUCCCAUUCUGUCGAAUGCGUUGUUAUUCAAUGUAUGUCCAGUUAUUUCCUUGUUCAUAGUAUUUUGUUAUUAGAUGCAUGCGUCGGUACUUUAAAAUACUAAAGGAUACGUUGUUAUUAGUGUCAUGUUUAAUACCAUUAAGUGUUCUUUACAAAAUAUUACGUAAUAAUUAGAGAUCUAUUACUUGUAAUGAGAGACACAGUCACCUUACAAUAUAGAUUUGUUUGCUUAUUCUUACUCAUAGUAUUGUAUGUUAUCUUUGUAAGGUAAUUGAAGUACAUGUACAUGUGAGUUCAAUGAUAAUUAUAACUAAAAUAACCCCUAGACAAAAGUUUUAAAUGUACAACUUGCGAGCCAAAGUCAGAACUUUGCAUUUUGAACGUGUAAACUAUCAUUUGUUCAGUAUUGUUAUCUUUGAAUCAGUAUUACAACAUUAAAUCCAAUGUCAUCGGAUAAUGUUCAUUAUAUUACUAUUAUAUAAGUUGUUAGGCAACCGAUAGUUGAUGUAAUGUUCUGUCAUCAUAUACAUGUCAUUCUUUAUAUUGCAUAUAUCAUGUAAGUUGCUAUGCGACCGGUAUAUGGUAUAAUGAUUUGUCAUCUGUCAUGUAAUAAUUGCGAAAUCGGCGCACAGUCCAUCUUCGCCAUACCGAUAUGAAAUAAAGAAUUUUAACAUCGGAAUUUCUUUAUUUAUAGAUCCAUACCCCGGAACAUUUGACAUACAUUUCCGAGUAUUUUGUUUCAACCGCAAUGACCGAAUG